CUGGAAUUGCAUGAACCAACAGUUUGACGCGAUUGUCAUGUCGGACCAGGACCAGAUGGAGCUUCUUCCCCGCCACCACGCGGACUUUCGUCGCAAGGAAUACUGGGACGAGUUCUUUACCAAGCGACAAGAGAAGGCAUUCGAAUGGUAUGGCGAGUACUCGACGCUCCGCCCAGCGCUGCACAAGAUCGUGAAGCCCAGAGAUCGCGUUUUGGUUGUGGGUUGCGGGAACUCGGACUUGAGCCCUGACUGGGCCAACGACGGGUACCUCCAUGUGACGUCGAUGGAUUUUAGUGCGCUCGUGAUCGACGAGAUGAAGCACAAGCAUCCGUCGAUGAAAUGGGACGUGAUGGACAUGACACAGAUGUCAUACGCCGAUGCUUCUUUUGACUGUGUCAUGGACAAGGGAGCUUUGGAUGCCCUCAUGGCAACUGACGACACGCCAGUCCUCGCGGAUGCAGUGAAGAUGUUCCGCGAAAUCGAUCGCGUUCUAGCGCCUGGUGGAUCGUACAUUUGUGUAACCAUGGCGCAAGACUUUAUUCUCGAACACCUCUUGACUGCGUUCACGGACCUCCUGCCGACUUACAAGAUCUCAGCUCAAGAAGUUCCGCGCUCGAAAGCAUCGCCGUUUGUGCCGUUUUUUGUCGUGUGCACAAAGGCAUCGUCGGACAAGCGGGCGAUGGUCCAGUACAACGGCAAAGUCUACCUCGACGAGUCGGGCCUGUUGCGAAAGCAAUGGCUUCAGCACGAGAUUGAGGCAACUCAGUGGUACAUCAUGUCCCAGAACGAACUCAAAAAGAUCCAAGUGGGUCGACAGCGCGUGAUAGAGCUCAUGACGUCGUCGACAUCGGCCGCCAUCAACACGACCCCUCGGUAUACGAUCCGCCUCGUCGAUGUCCAACUGCGCGGUCCGAACGGCGCAUGCGGGGUGUUUCUCGUGCCGCAAGGCCGUGAGCACGAGUUCCUCUUUGCCACCGAGGAAGGCGCGAUGGAACUGGCGUCGGGUGCCGGAUUCAGCCGCUUCCUCAUCGUGAGCCUCGGCCGCGCGCACUCGUUUGCGAGCUUGGAGGCUGUACAGCUGGAGCUGAAUCCCAAGAUGCUCGAACUGAGCCCCGACAGCCUCGCGAAAGGCGAAAAAAUCCCAUACAUGACGGUGCAGGAAGGCCUGGGCGAGCGCCAUGUCGUCGCACAUGGCACCACCGACCUCAGCGGCGACUACUUCGUCGAAGAAGUCGACAUGCAUCGACGGCUCGUGUUUCUCAGCAACAACAACACAAUUCAGAGCGAGAUCAAGCUGCUGCCUCCGUUGACAGCAAAACAGCUCAAGGACAAAGCGAAAAAGAACAAAAAGAAGAACAAGGUGUCGUCGACGGCGCGACUUCGCUUCGACCCGACAUUUCUCGCGUUUGAAUACCACAAGAGCAUGGUGUCGAUCUUGCACUAUUCGUUGGCGCUGACGUCGGCAAGUGACCACAAGAGCCUGCUCAUUGGACUCGGUGGCGGCUGCCUCGCCAGCUACAUCCAAGCCACGAUGCCCAACGUCACCCUCACAGCAUGCGAGCUCGAUCCGUCCGUCGUUGGCUUGGCCAAGGACUUUUUUGGCUUCCAGACCAACAACAAACUUGGCGUGAUCGUGCAAGACGGCGUCGUGUGUCUCCGAAACGCGGCGCCCGGAUCGUUCGACUCGAUUCUUGUCGACGUCGACGCCAAGUCGAAAGAAGAAAAAGCGGUUGGCCUGGCAGCCCCCCCUUUGGACUUCAUUUCGGAUGCUACCCUGGCCUCCGUCCACGCAGCGCUCAGCGAGAACGGCAUGUUCCUUGUCAAUGUGGCUUGCCGGUCGUCCGAAAAGUACAAGUCGAUUGUAGCAAGCCUCCGCCGUCUCUUUGGGUCGAACGAGUGCGUGGUCGAGUUGAAGGCGUCCGAGCAAGACGUGAACCGCAUCGUGUGCGCCGUCAAAGGUCCGAUCGAUUUGGUGACUUGGCGAAAAGCCCAAGUGCCAUCGGCCCCUGGCUUCACCGACGACGAAGUGGCCGAUUUGAUCGGGCUUAUGGACAUUGCGGAAUAAGUCGACACAAUGUAUUCACGCGACUGUCGACUCCCGCACGCAUCGUGUAUUCAAUGGGCAGUCGGAUUC